UAAAGGCGCGUGCUUGUUUUCCCCGUGGCGAUGGUCGCCGGCGCCCACAUCCCCCGGCGCCGGACCUCCAUGCCUUCCCUCCUCUCUCCAUUUCUACUCCUAAACCGUCGGAGGUCCCUCUUGCAAGCUCCCGAGCACCGGAUUCUGCCCUACCAACCUCUUAUGCGGCGGCAUUAAGGCUAGCAUCUCCCCGCGCCUCCAAGAAAAGCUUCAAGGAUGUCAGCGGUGAUCUUAAACAACCCACCAUAUACAAUAAUAAGCUUGGUAUCUUCUAGGAGGUCUCUUCCUUGGCAAAGCCAUAUGAGUUUUCUUUGAUUGGAAAAUUUUCGGGAUUGCGCCCUAAAUUUGCGGUUGUUCUUUAAGCUUUUUGAAAUCUUGGUCUUUCCUCGGUUUUCAAUAUCCGUUUUCUUCGAUCUGGUUAUGUGUUUAUGCAUCUUAUCGAGUGAGGACAUGGCACGAGUAUGGACUCGGAGAGUUUGGUUUAUUGAUGGUGUGCCUUUGUGAAUUUUCAAAUGGUCUCCUCAUUUCUGGUAUGAAGCUGAAUCCUCGGUGGUGCCAGUGUGGGUGCAGUUACCGGACCUGCCGAUACAUAUGUUUGACAAGAGUAGUCUCUUCUCGGCUGCUAGCAUUAUUGGGAAGCCAAUCAAAAUUGACGUGGCCACUGUUGAUGGUUCGAGGUUGUUUAUGGCUCAUAUUUGUGUCGAAAUUGACUUACUAAAGCCAAAGGUGGAGGAUUUCUGUAUUGGGAUUAGGGCUGAAAAAAGGCUACAGCGAGUUGUGUAUGAGAAGCAUCUUGUUUAUUGUGUGCAGUGUUCUCAUCUGGGGCAUUCGGAGGAGGACUGUUAUGCAUUUGGUAACAAGCCGAAACCUAUUUGGGGGGAUGCUAAGGUGGCUUUAAGUCUGGUGGUGAGGAUUUGAGGGUGUUUUUGAAUCGAAGGACAACUGCUGGUAUAGGGAAAUUGAAUUCUGACAAUCCGAUUGAGCCAGGGGAUGAGGUGACACAAAGAUCAGAGCAGCAAGUAUGGAUUCAAAAGAAAGGAAUUUCAAUUGGUCAAGCUAAUGCGAAGAAGAAGGAUAGGGUGGCUGGAAAUAAUUUCCAUCUAUUGUCUACUUUGGAAGAGGAGGAGCAAAGGGAUAUCGAGGGUUUUGUAGGGGAGGCAGCGAAGGUUAUGGGUCCUGGUAACGUUGCCAGUGAGGAAAUCAGGAAUGAGCAAAUUGUGGUUGGGGUUCUGAGUUCGCAGAAUUUGGAGGAAGAGAGCCCGGGAGCUGAUGAUUUUAAUGGUUAUCCAAUUGCUGAUUCUGAGUUAAAUGUUGUUGACAAUCACAAUAAUCUGGAAGCUAUUGCCUCGCGCAAGGAUAAGGGGAAAUCUGUGGAAAUGUUUGGAUCAAAACAAAAUGUGCAGUUUAUGAAUCAGGAUGUGCAGGUUCCAAUUCUUGGUGUGCAUGUUUUAGGGCAAAAUGUGCAGGUUUCAAAACCUAGUGUGCAGUUUGCAAAUCUGAAUUUGCAGAGUUCAGCAUCGAGUUCACAGCAAAAUGUGCCAGCAAAGGGCUCUUCUACUUUAUUUGGAUUACCGGUGGGAUCUUCAGAGAUUCAGGGAGCAAGCAGGCCAGCUAAUACAGCUAUUUAUCGUGAAGGUUUGCCACCUGCAGUGACAGUCUCAGAUAUGCAACAAUCACACGUUGUAGUGCCGGAAACUACUGUGACUGUGACGAGGCUGGGAGAUCGAUUGGCAACUUGUAAUCUUAAUCAAAUUCACCUGGAUUCGGGACAAAGGUGUAAUCCUACAUCUCCAAUUAUCGAAGAUGUGUCAGAGGGGACGGAAGUGUCGAAAACCUUUGUGGGAAAGGUCGAAUUUGAUGAGGAUGAUAGUGUACAGUUACAAAGGACUUCCUCUCUACCAUUGGGUCCAACUGUACAUAUUAUUUGGGUAUAUUCAUUUCUUGUGCUUUGGAGAUACUUGCUGCCUAUGGGAGUCGUGGGUGUAUAUGGAGUCGGUUGGUAAAGGGUUUAUAUUGUGGAGUACUGAUUAGAAUUCAUUUGUGCUUCAUGGGUUCCCUUGGUGUUGAAAAAGGUGUGCUGGUUCGGAUGUGGGUUUAUGCAUGGUUGGUUUAGGCAUUUUUUUGUGCUGGUUUAUGGACGUUGGGUUGGAGGUAUGAAACGUCUGAACUUAUUAUGGUGGACAUGAAGCAUCGCUAUUUUCUGUGAUUAGUAUGCGUAUAUGGAUUUUCUUCCAGAUCUGUGAGGAUUAAUGCUUGUGCUAAAUUCUGCUAGUUGGAAAGAUUAUGACAUUUUGUUAUUGGUGCUGAUUAUGCUGGGUUUCAGCUGCUAAGAUAUUGGAAUAUGCUGGGAUUUAGGAUUUCACCAGAUUCUGUGCCAGGAAGUGGUGGGUUUCAAUGGCAAGCGGCUGGAUAUGAUUCUUUUAAAAAUUUUCGGUGGAAUAUGUAGUUGUUUUGGAAUGUUUAAGUGCCAAAUGCUUGAUGAUGGAGUGUGGCACGCUGGUUUCCAGGUGGGAAGGGUUUGAAGGCAGAUUUUGAAAUGGUUGAUUUCUCUAAU